UGCCCUUAAAUGGCGUUAAAGGGGCGGGGGCUGCUCCUAAAUAGGAAAGUUAGUCCUGCCUUCGUGGGCGGGGAAUGCCCUUAAAUGGCAGUAAGGGGGUGGAGCGUUACCAUAAAAGGGCAGAAGGGGCGUAACCAGGCCCCGCCUACUGGGGGUACUCGGGGGAGGAGCGUCCCGCCCGCCACCUUGCAUGUGUCACCGCAGCCAAUCAGCGCGCUGAUUGCCGGAAGAGGCGGGGCUCACGGCCGGAAGUGGGCGCGGCCGCGCGCUGUCAUGGCGGCGCCCGAGGAGGAGGAGGCGGCGGCGGCGGCGGAGAGCGAGGGAGGGGAUGGCGGAGAUGAGGAGGCGCUGCAGCGGCUCGAGGCCCUGGUGACGGAGCUGUACCGGUUCCGGGACUCGCUGCCCCCGCGGGACGAUGGCGGCGACCGCGGCCGCGAGCCCGGGGACGCGCUGGUGGCCGAGAUGGAGCGGACGGUGAAGCGGAUGGAGGAGAUCCAGGUGUCCCCAGAGGGGCGUGGCCGCGCCCUGGUGCUCCGCGCCCGCGCCCUGGGCGUGGCCCCCGAGGUGGGCGGGGACAGGGCGGAGCUGGCGCUGGGCCACGCCCUGAAGCUGGACCCCGCCCUGGGCGCGGCCUGGCGCCAGCUCGGGGAGCAGCGAUGGCGCCGGGGGGACCUGAGGGGGGCCCGCGACGCCUUCGGGGGGGCCCUGCAGCAGGGCGAGGACCCCGAGGCGCGGCGCCUCCUCUCCAUGGCCCUGCGCGCGCAGGGGGCGGGGCCGGGCCCGCAGGGGGAGGGGCCUGGCGGUGCCGGAGGGGCGGGGCCGGGCCCGGGGGGCGGAGCCUUGCGCGAGAGCCUGGCCCAGGCCGAGGCGGCCGUGAGGAGUGACCCGAGGGACGGCCGGUCCUGGUACGUGCUGGGGAACGCCCACGUGUCGCUGUUCUUCGCGGGCGGGCAGAGCCCCGGCAGCGCCCGGCGCGCGCUCGCGGCCUACGCCCAGGCGGAGCGCGUGGACCCCGCGGCCGCCGCCGACCCCGACCUGCACCUGAACCGCGCCACGCUGCUGCAGUACCUGGAGCGGUUCCAGGCGGCGCUGGAGGGGCUGAGCCGCGCGGCCGAGCUGGCGCCGCGCUGGGACGAGCCCCGGAAACGCCACGGGAACCUCCUGGAGUUCCUGAGCCGGCUCUGCGGGCUGCUGGCCAACAGGGGGAAGCUCCGCGGGAAGCGGCGCCGGGGCCUGGCCGGGCCGGUGCCCCUCCCCCUCCUGGGCCCGCUGGGGGGGGCGGGGGGCCCGCGCCCCUCCCCCAUCGCCGCCCUGCGCCCCGGGCCCAACCCCCAGCGCGUGGUGCUGGGCAGGGUCCUGUUCAGCCUGGCCCCGCCCGGGGGGGUGCCCUACGCGGUGGGGCUGCAGGACGGGGGCGGGGCCGUGGCGGCGGUGACCGUGUACAACGCGGCGCCGGCCUGGGGAGUGACCGUGGGGGACGCGCUGGCCGUGCCGGACCCGCUGCUGACCCAGCACCAGCACCAGCACCAGGGACAGACCUUCUCCUUCCUGGGCAUCCGCGUCUCCUCCCCCCUGUCCCUCGUGGUCAACGGGAAGCGCCCGCCCGGCUCCGCCCUGGCCCCGCCCCGCCUGGCGCUGUCCAAUCCCAGCGCGCCGCCGCAGGAGGCCACGCCCCCCAGCGCUCGCUGACCACGCCCUCCACCCCUGCCUGUGGGGAUAUUUUGGGGAAUAAAGGAAAUUUUUUUUGGGA